GAGCUCAGAUAUCAUACGUCUAUCAUACGGUCAACAACAGUCAAUCAAUUUUGUCCACAUUUUCACUCACAACUUACUUUAUGUAUUUGAUUUUGUUUUUCAUAACGCUUUCUUGGCUUUUUCUGUAUAAGUUUUCAAAAUUUUGUGGUAUUGAAAUUUUAAGUUGUAUAAAGCAGUAUAGAGGUGGGAGAAGAAUGGAGGCAGAGGCAGGUUCGGGAUAUGAGAAAGAUACCAUGAAGGUUCUUACUGAUACCACCAAGGAUGAUACUUUAAAUGGUAUCAAGAAACCCAUGAAAGAUGUGGCAAUGAAAGUCACAACUGUGACCAGAGAUGUCGCUACCAAUACUAAUGAGCCAAACAAGAUAAAGCCAGUUGCUCGAGUGGAGCCCCUUCUACGCAGCGAGGAGUUCAAAACCUCCAGUGUAGAGACGGAUAUAUCCCCCAGAAUUGUAGCCGGUCCAGAUAUGCCUGCCCCGAUUUACGUAGCAACUCUGUUGUCUACCGAUCCGGCUUCUUUAACGAUGCUCCUGAACGGAAUAUUCACGUUUUGGGAACCCAGCAAUGCGGCAAACCGCCGCAUACUGCAACAGAGUUUCCGCUCCAUACUAUGGCUACUGAGAAAUCUGACCACCGCGUAUUCUCGCUUCUUUGGCAGUAGUCACACGGAAAUGGAAGGAUUCCGAAAGUUACGUUCGAUUUACAUAAAGACACGUCGCAUUAGACGCAUGUUUGGGCGAUUAAAGGUGGCUUGGUACCAAAGAACAGGCCAUGAGAACAGCGAUGCCGAAAAUGAUGGCGACGAGGAUGACUCGGGGGCGGAGUAUGCUCCAGCUAGGUACAAUAAACAUGUAAACAUAGUUCGGGCUAUAAAGCGAUACAUGGAAAUGGUGUUACGAAUGAGAUCUUCGGAGGAAACUAUACCUUUCAAGCUGGAUGCCACUAAUCCGUUAAUAGAGAUCGUGAUAGACGAGUUUGCAUCUUUUCGGGAACAGGCUUUAGGUGCAUAUUCGGGUUCCAACCGUCCCAGUGACAAUUCAACAGACCCCCUAUUUUUUUUAGAUCUUCUAGAUUUUUCACAAAUCUAG